CUUUCUUAUUCGUAUCAACAAAAAAAAAUAUAACUUAUUCAACAUAAGACGCCCCUCUCAAUUCAAGACACACAAAGACAAUGAUACCGGCGAUUACUCGAGCAUCGACACGGCCCACCCGUACCACUGCGGCCAGGCUACGCAUAUCUUGUGCAGCCAGCUUUCGAACAACGUCGACGCGCACAUACAGUAAAGCAGCAGCAGAAGCAACAGCAGCAACAAAACAAGUCGACGAGUCGCCAUUAAGCAAGAUCGCCGAAGGUAUCAACAGCACACUGCGAUCCACAGUCAUGCCUCUCCGGUCAGCUACUGCUAACAACGAUAGCUCCUCUUCGGUACCCUUCACUGGCGAAGCAGCCACUUGGAAUCAAGCCGUACGCGAAGCCCAAAGUCUAGUCAAGGACGAUGUCGAAAAACUUGAACCACAACCUAUCAUUGACCCGACCAAACUUGUUGGACGCGAUCUAUGGGAUAUCAAGGGCAACAUUGCAAAACUUUUGGGUAGUGGACACCCUUCACUCAACACGGUCGCGAAGCACUAUUUCAGUGCAGACGGCAAGCAUAUUCGUCCGCUGUUGGUACUUUUGAUUGCACAAGCGACCAGCAUAGCACCUAAAAAGACAAGCAACACAGCCCUUUCAUCAUCAUCAGCACCAUUAUCAUCAGCAAGCGAUAAUAAUAACGAUAACGACGAAAACUCAACAAAAAUAAUGCACAACUUUCGAUCGAUUGAUACUCCCAUCUCGAAUGGCUUGCAAAACAUCCUGGAAAAGGACGUAUUCGACCAACAAACCCAUUAUACUCCAUCGAUCACACACCAAGGCUGCACAAUCUUGCCUACACAGCGACGUUUGGCCGAGAUUUCAGAAAUGAUCCACACCGCGUCGUUACUCCAUGACGAUGUGAUUGAUGCCUCUGCAACUCGCCGAAACCUGCCGUCAGCCAAUGCCAGUUUUGGUAACAAGAUGGCUGUCUUGGCGGGUGACUUCUUACUCGCCAGAGCAUCCUUGGCUUUGGCCCGGUUACGCAACGCAGAAUGCAUUGAACUGAUGGCAACGUGUCUCGCAAACCUUGUCGAGGGUGAAUUCAUGCAGCUCAAGAACACGCGAGAUCAGGAUGGCAAAGCCAAGACGACAUUUGAUUAUUAUAUCGAAAAGACAUACAUGAAGACGGGUAGUUUGAUUGCACAGAGUUGUAAAUCGUCUGCAGUGCUGGCCGAUUGUACACCUGAAGUGGCAGAUAUUGCUUUUAAAUUCGGUCGGAAUCUCGGCCUUGCAUUCCAGCUGGUCGAUGAUAUGCUCGAUUUUACUGUUACUGCUGCAGAUCUAGGCAAGCCGGCGGGAGCAGAUCUCAAGCUGGGAUUGGCGACUGCUCCUGUGCUCUUCGCAUGGGAAGAAUUCCCUGAACUAGAGCCUUUGAUCAAGCGGAAAUUUGCUAACGAAGGCGAUGUGGAAAAGGCGAGAUUAUUAGUAUACCAAAGCGACGGCUUAAAAAAGACACUGGCAUUGGCCGAAGAACACUGCAAUACGGCCAUUGACGCCAUCAAGAAGCUUCCUCCUUCAGAUGCUCGGUCAGCUUUAAUACAACUGACGGAAAAACUGCUUACUAGACGACAUUAAAGAACGCAUUAAUAGACUAUUUAAUUUACUCUCUCUUACUUUACUUAUUGAGGCAUUUCGAGCCAAUUCCCGUUUUUUUUUUUUGGUACACUGCGCAAUGUAGUAAAAACGUAGUCACGUUUUGCGAUGUUUACAAUCCAC